AUGAUAAGAAAACUCUGGAAUAUUCUGAGUCUUGUGGCAAUCAUGACUGUUUACUUUUCAUACAUUACUGCAACUUGUGGAUUGAUUUUUGUGAUUGAUCUAGUGAUGCCUCGGUGUCUGAGCAGAGAUGCUAUUGUAAAAACUGCAAAAGUAGCAUGGCUAAGCCUUACAAAGACUGCUCUGCAUGGAUAUUUCCCAGGAAAGGUGUUUAUAAGGUACGACACUGCAAUUCUUGAUAAUAAAAGGAAUGUUGUGAUCUCAAACCAUCUGACUGAGUAUGAUUGGCUGUUUAUUUCGUGUGUUAUGCAUUAUUUCGAAAGGUUUGGCGAUAUGUACAUUAUACUGAAGAUGUCUUUAAAGGACAUUCCACUGUUAGGAUAUGGAAUGAGAUUCUUUGAGUUUAUUUUUCUGAAUAGAAGGUUGAGCAAGGACAAGGAGUUGAUUAUGUCUGGAGCAUCGAACCUGAAGAAGAAGACAAGAUAUGAUCUUCUGCUGUUCCCUGAAGGAACGUACAUAGACAAAGUCUCGCAUGAAAAGUCGCACAAGUGGGCACAGAAAGGCAGUACAACAGUUGAUGGGCAUGCAUUUGAUCCUGAGGAGGUGAUAUUACCAAGGACAACUGGAUUUGAUAUUCUCAGAGCAGGUAUGAAGGACGAUAUGAAUGGGAUUCUUGAUAUAACGAUUAUUGGAAAUCCUUAUGCAAAAUAUCCAAACGAUGUGUAUUCAUACACAGAGGUUUUGGUGAAUAAAUCAUGCAUGGUGAACUUUGUGUUCUUCCUUGAUUACAUUCCAAACAAUGAUGAUAUGGAUUCGAAAGAAUUUUUGUUGAAAAGAUUUGAAAGAAAAGAGAAGAUGAUUACACAGUACAAAGAAAUAAAAGGGUGUGAUAGGAUAGAAAGUAUGGAUGAGUUCCGCAAAAUUGCUGAUAUGUUGUGUGAUACACGAGUAGAAUACAAAGAUAUUGAAAUUGACUUAUCAUCUCGAUGGGGCCCUUUGUUCUAUGCGAUGUUUGUAUUUGUGUGGAUGAUGAUUGCAGGAUGGCUUGCCAAGUGGAUUUGGAAAUAA